CCACUGGCGAUUUUACUGCAUCGUGCUCUCUCUCGGCUCAAAACCCAGAAAGUGAGAGCUUAAACAUGUUUACAGAAGGCUUGGACGAAUCAGCUAUCAACUGGGUUAAGCAGCAGGAGAGGGAACCAGUUAGAUCCCCAUUAAUGGAGAAAUUAUCUCCUCAUGAACAAUUUCAUGUAUCUCCUCUUGCAUACAAAAGCAGAAGUUAUCUGUCUCCCCAUGCGUUGCCUCCUCUCAGAUUCCACUCCGGCUUGCUUGCACCUCAGAGCUUAAUGACACCUUGCCUAGACGACGAUGGCGAUGAAAGCAUUGGCUCGAUCUCUGAUGACGUCGGUGGUAGUUACAAUUUCUCUGGUGUUGAUGAAGAAGAAAUAGACAUUUCAGGGCCAAGGAGUGAUGGUUUAUUGGACAUACCCAAUAGUACAGGAGAGAUGUUUGCGCCAAAGCCUAGCACAAAGUUGAAUAGAUGGUUCUCGAAGGAGAACUUGAGGGUUGAGAUGCCAGAUGGUAACCGAAGACUCACUGAUGGUGGUUUGGGUAUCAGAAAAUUUGCCCCAGAAAAUCUGACUCCUGGAGUUGGUAGUAGCGGUAGGCUUCUCGAACAAGUUCAAAUGCAAACCCUAAGUGGUAUUCCCGGUCAUGGCAUGAGUAUUCUCAGAGGAAUCGAAGAUUUGGGGACACCAAGUGCACCUCCUAUUAUGGAAAUUGAAAGAGAGACUAAUGGCUUUGAGAUUGAUAAAGUAAGCAAGCAAGUUGAUGAUGGACUAUGCCGGCCUAGGGAAUCGGAGAGUUUUAACGGAGGGUGUAAGGAGCAUUUGGCAGAGACGAAACUGCAUUCAUCAAAUGUUGCAGAACUUGGUAAAGAAAGAGUGAUCAAAACGAAAAACCAAGGAAUAGAAGAAAAGAUCCCUUAUUGGCAAAGCAACACAUCUUAUAACACCAGUGGUCAGUAUGCCUGGCAGACUCUAAUUGCUUAUGAUGCUUGCAUCCGGUUAUGCUUACAUGCAUGGGCAAGGGGCUGCACUGAGGCCCCUGAGUUUCUGAGGGAUGAGUGCCUUCUUCUCCGAAGUGCCUUUGGGCUACACAAGUUUUUGUUGCAACCACGAGGUGUGCAGCCUGUAGAAGUGAGCGCUACUACAAGUGCAGAACCAGUUACCUCUUCGAAAGCAAAAAAGGUUGUUGGAAAGAUAAGAGUUGAAGUGAGGAAAAUCCGAAUAAUUCCAAGGCGAAAACUUAAGAGCACCUAUUCACAGCGAAGUGCAAUGUACAUGCAAGUGGGGGCGGAGUAUGUCCAACACAUGUCAUCAUUACUGAAAAGUGGCAUUAAUUCUCUUAAACUAGCCUCAUUUUCAGUGACAUCAGCAGAGUCAUUUUUAUGCUUCUUUCAGUUAAAGAGUGCCACAGAAGAAACACAACUUGAACCUAGUUCUGCCAUCUGCUUGCACCCAGGAAAUGGGGAUUACAAUGUGUUCUUCCCAGAGACUAAAGGUGAUGCUCUUUUGGUAGAAGUCCAGGACAAAAAGAAAUCAGUCCAAGGUCGCACCACAAUACCAGUUUCAUCACUAAUAGAUAAUCCAAAUGACAGAAUUCGAUGGUGGCCCAUAUACCAUGAUGACCAAGAAUGCAUCGGGAAGAUCCAGCUGUCUAUUGGUGGUAGUACCAUUACUUGUGAUGAGACUAGUCAGAUAAAGGGUGGACCUGUUGUGGAGACUCUAGCCUAUGAUCUCUUGCUGGAGGCUGCAAUGCAUGCACAGAAUUUUCAUUCCCGAAACUUGAGGUUGCAAGGACAUUGGCAGUGGUUGUUGGCUGAGUUUGCAGAUUACUAUGGAGUUUCUGAUUCAUAUACAAAACUGAGAUAUCUCAUACAUGUGAUGAAUGUGGCAACUCCAACAAAAGACUGCUUAGAGCUCGUCAAUGAGUUGCUUGUACCCAUUUUAAAGGCGAAAAGUGAAAAGAACUUAACUAGACAGGAGAAAAGUAUACUGUUGGAUUGUGAAACACAAAUUGAGAGUCUCUUGGCAACUGCUUUUGAGAACUACAAAUCAUUGGAUGAAAAAUCUCCUACGGGACUAGCAGAUGUGCUGGGCCCUACACAAGAGACUACAACACCAGCUCUGGUACCUGCUGUUGAAACAUACAUCCUCCUUCAUGACAUACUAUCUCCUGAAGCUCAGAAUACACUGAGAAACUAUUUUCAGACAGCAGCAAGGAUAAGGUGUCAAAAGCACAUGAUUGAGACGGAUGAGUUUGUAUCAGGCAACUCUGAAGGUUUCCUUAUGGACUCCAUUACCAUUUCAACUGCUUAUUUAAAGAUGAAGAACCUGUGUAUAAAUAUUGGCAAAGAGAUUCAGGCAGACAUCAAGAUUCACAAUCAACACAUACUCCCAAGUUCAAUUUACUUGUCAAACAUCACAGCUGCCGUUUACAGCACUGAGUUGUGUAACAGACUUAGAGGUUUCCUUGCUGCAUGGCCUCCAUCUAGUCCCCAACUUCAUGUCAAUGAACUAUUGAUAGCAAUUACUGAUUUUGAGAGAGAUCUUGAGUCAUGGAAUAUCAGUGCAGUACAGGGUGGUGUAGAGUCAAGGAGUUUGUUUCAUGAUUACAUAACAGUGUGGGUAGAGGAUAUGCAGCUUAAAUUACUUGAUCUUUGCAAAGCCGAAAAGGUUCCGUGGUCUGGAGUAACAACUAAUUAUUCCACUUCGCCUUUUGCUGAGGAAAUGUAUGAAAAAAUCAAAGAUUAUCUUGUAGAGUAUGAAGUAGUGAUCAAUCGUUGGCCUCAGUACUCCUUGGAGUUGGAAAAUGCUGUUGCCAAUGUGGAGAGAGCAAUUGUGAAAGCACUGGAGAAGCAAUAUAAUGACAUCUUGACCCCUCUGAAAGAUAGCAUUCCAAAGAGACUUAAUAUGCACGUCCAGAAGCUGACAAGAAGGCAGUUGACAACACUCUAUACCGUUCCCAAUCAAUUGGGAAUUUUUCUGAACACCAUCAAGAGAGUACUAGAUGUUUUGCACUGUAGAAUAGAGGAGGUCUUGAAGUCAUGGGCAUCCUGUCUGCCUCUCACUGGAGACAAGAAGUCAUUAUUUGGGGAGCAGAUGAAUGGAAUCACUGUCAUGUUAAGAACAAAAUACAAAAAUUAUUUGCAGGCGACAGUUGAGAAGCUUGUUAGCAAUAUGCAGGCUAACAGGAACACAAGGUUGAAGAGGAUUCUGGAAGAAAUAAAGGAAGAAGAUGGAGAGGCUGAAGUCCGUGAAAGAAUGCAGAUGCUCAUUUCACAUCUAAUUGAGUCAAUUUCUAACUUGCAUGAGGUCUUUACAAGUCAGAUAUUUAUUUCAGCCUGCCGUGGAUUUUGGGAUAGGAUGGGACAGAUUGUUCUCAAAUUUCUUGAAGGAAGGAAGGAAAAUCGAGUGUGGUAUAAUGGAUCGUAUUUUGCUCUUGGGAUCCUGGACGACACCUUCGCCUCCCAGAUGCAGCGGUUGCAAGGAAAUUCAAUGCAAGAAAAAGACUUUCAGCCGCCACGAUCUGUAAUUGAAGCUCGAUCCAUCCUCUGCAAAGACUCAGCAAAUGCAACAGAUGCCUCUACCUACUUCUACGUUUAGUGCUGAUAUGACUAACGGUAGCCAGCCAAAAAAUAAACAUGAUGAAUUAUGAAUAUAUAUUAACUUUGGAGAUUUUGGUCACCCACUAAUAUUUUCAAAUAAUAUCAUAGAAGUAUAUGAAAUAAGAGUUUUGUAGUUUU